AAAAUUAACCGAAGAGCAAAUUAAAGAAUGUGGGGAAGCUUUCCGUUUGUUUGAUAAAGAUGGUGACGGUACUAUUACAACACAUGAGAUAGGGAUUGUUAUGAGAUCAUUAGGAAAACACCCAACAGAUGAAGAACUGAAGAAAAUUGUAGAUGAGAUUGAUAUAGAUGGGGAUGGGAGAGUGACUUUUGAUGAAUUUUUGACAAUCAUGACGAAACAGUUUUGCUCUAAAGAAACCGCUAGGGAUAUUCGAGAGGCCUUUAGAGUUUUUGAUAAAGACGGAAAAGGUUAUCUCACAGUAUCAGAGUUCCGACACAUCAUGGAAAAUCUCGGAGAGAAAAUGACAUGGGAAGAGACGGAGGAGAUGAUAGAAAUGGUCGACACGGAUGGUGAUGACAAAAUAUCUUGUGACGAUUUCAUAAAAAAAGUUACCACGACAGAGUAAAGAUGCUGAAAAAUUUCUUAAUCAUUAUGAUUGGUUGUGCAGUAUUAUUAGCAUAUUUUUGACGUAACAAUAUGUGGUCUUAAUUUAAAAAAAAUGUAAGAAGUUUGAUUUUAAUUUGCGAAAUAAGUGAAUGGAAUGAUCUAAAUUGGUGAUCUUAGAUUGUAUCUUAUACUCACGUGAAAAAAUACUUAAGGUUCGUUUUGGGAUUUAAUCGAGCGACAUCGAGGCAAAGGCAUGAUUUUUUUUCUCGGGAGUAUAUUUGUACAUUUAAGAGAUCCAGAUAGUUCAAUAAAAUGUAAAAAAUAUAUAUACUCUGUAAUUACAAAAUGAAAUAAACGCAAAUAUUGAAGGACAAAUACAACGAUUCUUUACCAAUUUUGAAUUCCUUUUUGCUUGAAAAUAAGUAGGCACUGAAAACAGA